GAGAUGAUGUUGAAGUGACAAAUUGUGUCAUAGAUGGAUGGGCAAGGUUUCUUAAUCAUAAAAAGCCGAGAAACAAGAUUUAUUUCUCAACAGUGCUUCAUCACAUUAUGUGCACAAAUAGAGUUUGUCGAGAAGGAUCAUCAAUGAAGACAAGAAUUAAUGCCUUCAUAGAAAGAAUUGACAAUGAACUGAAGUUGAAUAAAAUUGGCAGCAUUGUUGGAUAUAAACAAGUAUUAAUUCUUGUUUAAUACAAAUGUUCAAUUACAUUCAAUAUAUUGUCCAAUAACAUUAUAUAAUUUGUUCAGGUCUUCUUCCCAGUAUCAACUUCUCAACAUUUUUUUCUGUUGUGCGUCAAUCAUAUAGAAGACAAAAUUCAUAUAAUGGACAAUAGAAAACUACCAAAAAAGGUAUCAGUCCAAGCAAAAUAUGAAGAACAACCAAAAAUGAUGUUAAAAGGAUUGGCAGAGUACAUGAAACACCUUGGAUAUCAAGAUGCAAAAAGAAUUGAAGACUACACAGUUGUUUUGGAAAAGAUGAAAUGGCGUAGCAACAAUGACUAUACAAACUGUGGAGUUUACAUUAUGAAGCAUAUGGAAACCUUCACUGCUGAUCCUAAUGAGAGCUGGAUUUGUGAUUUAAAACCAAACAAUGUGGAACAAAUUAGAAAGCUAAGGCUCCAAUACACAGCAGAACUGAUGUUAUUUGAAGAAAACACUGAAUUAAGAGCAAAUAGAGGGAAAGCUAGAAAAUUUGCAACUUUGUAGUUUCAAAUGUUCAUUUACAACUAUGUAUAUGUUCAUUUCUUAUAUAUGACUAUUUUUUUUUUUUA